AUGGCCUGGCAUCGGGCAGUGCGGACGACGUUCCUUGCGACGCCCAUUCUGCUUUGGGCAUAUGCACCCAGCUUCGCCAUUCCAGCCUCGAGGCAAAAACCCACCAGUGUGGUCCGCGAGCAAAACGGGUUAAGCAUCAGCAUGAAAGCCCCCGGGUCAGCCUAUGAGAUGUCUGCCAAGGAGAAGGUGCUCGCCUCGAGGUUGUCAGAGUUUGGCAAAAGGGGUGAUUGGCAAGGUGCCCGUCAGCUGUAUGCAACGUACACGGACUUUUCUGUCCCAGUGCUCACUGCGGCCAUGCAGGCAGCGUAUCGUUGUGGACAGUAUCAGGAAGCUGCCAGAAUCUACAGCAAAGUGUGUGGCGCGCGCAGGGAGUUGGACGGGGUCGGCCUUCUUGUGGGGCUGAAGGUGUUCGGAAAAUUGAGAGAUUCAUCAAUGGUUGAUGCCAUAUGGGCCGAGGCAUCAGAGAGAGGUUUGGUUGACAUGCCAUUACGUGGUGCUCGCAUAGAUGCAGCCGCAUACAUGGGAGACAUUGAGGCGGCGGCCACUGUGUUAGACAGCAUGCUCACGCAGACGAUUGAUAUCGAUGUGUAUAAAUUCAACUCAGCAAUCUUUGCCUGUGCCAAUGCAGAACGACCAGGACACAACGCAGCCAUGUACCUGUUCAAGCUGUUGCUGGAACGCAAUUUAUCACCGACUGUCGUGACUUUCACCAACUUGGCUAAGGCACACGCGAGAGCAAGUCUUGAACAGAUCCAACAUGUACGCGCCACUAUGAAAAAGUAUGGCAUUCGUUCCGAUCCCAUUUUCGCUGAGUGUUAUGUGAGUGCGCUGCUGCAGGGGAAGUUUGGACACACCGCCUCCACCACCGCGGACCUUGCAGAUCUUCCUGAACGUGAAGGAAGACUGCAAGAAGCUGAGACUGCACUUCUCGAGUUCCAAGCCAACAAUGUCGAUUUGAGCGGAAUGUGUCGCGCGAUACUAAGAUACGUGCGCAAGUCAAGCUUGUGA